AUGGCGGAAUCUAGCCAGCACGCUUCGCCUCCCCAGCCGGCGGCUUCUGCUCCGGCCGUCACACGGGAGAACCUGCAGCGCCUGCCGGAGACUCCGAACCUCCAAUAUUACCUGGGCCACGCGCAGAACCAUGAGAAGAUAGCACUGGGGGUGCAAACCGCGCCGGCGAAUUAUGGACAGAUGCUGCAGACGCUGGAGCGUGCUUUUCCAACAGGUGGUUACAAGUGA